AUGCGGCGGGGGCAGCCGUCAGAGGCGCGUCUGGCCGGGCUCUUCCCCACCUCCCCGGCCGAACCAGCACCAGAGAAACCCCCGGACACGCUGCCAGCCUGGGAGCCCUCCCCAGGGCCGGGGAGCGGCACCGCGGCUGGUGCAGGCCCGGGCUGCACCUUGCAGAGGCUGGGCAGCGGCCAGAGGAAGCUGCAGCAGCUGAGGCCGCGCUGGGAGCGGCAGCGGAAAGCAGGACAGCCCCAGCGCCGCGACCUUUCCUCCCUCCGGGAAUCGUUCCGCCCGGCACGGUGCCUGCGGCUGGCACGGCUCUGCAGGGUGGAAGCUGCGGCGGCGUGGGCGCAGGAAGGUGACAACGCGGCCCGGAGCAGGUGCCGGCCGGGCCGGCGAGCGCCGCUGGCGACAGUCGCCGUGCAGAUGUGUCCCUGUGUCCCCGGGCCGCUCCUCGGGGCUUUCCAGGGAGGCUCCAGAGCUAUGUCCUCUCCUAUCCUCCCCUCAGCAGAGAGGAACGGCUGCUGCAGCCUGCACAGCCCUGCAGAGCAAAGGUCUUUGUGUGAGGAGGAGCCGGUUCCCCACCGUUUCCUCCGCCCGCCGCCUGUGACCCACCGCGUCCUGCGGGCCCAGCGCCGGCCCCGGCAGGAAACAGAGUCGGUCAGUGAGAAAAGGAGUGGGAAUUUUCUGUCUGAAGCAGCGGGCGAGGUGGGCCUGGGCAGCACAGGAUGCAGGCGCCGCUGAGCUAACGCACUGCUCACGGCCCCAACAUCUGCUCCCUGACCUCUGCAGCUCCCAGUGCUGAGAACCUGAUGCUGCUGCCUCUCCCCUCUUGGGUUUCCUCCUCCUCCUGCGUGCAGAGACCACGAGGAGCAGGUGGGCACCCGCUUCCCCCACUGCACUCCAGUAGCUGAGCCCUGUGAUUUGGGGGCUGGAGGGUGGGGACAGACUCUGUAAACCAGCGAGGUUUCACAAUAGUUUGCUUAAGGGCUUGUGACUUAGGCUCAGGUGCUCUGGGAGCAGCCCAGCCCUGGGGGGACAGCCCUGCACCCCGGGGCCGCGGCUGCCCCCGGGACACCGCGGGAGGCUGAGCCACACCGUGCCCUGGCACCAGCUACUCACACCCACCGAACCUGCCAGCAUCCCCCAGGGCAGCUGCUCACACUGCCCAGAGUGUGAGAUCCACCCAGCAGAAAUCAGCACGGCCAGCUCGAUCCUUUCCCCUCCUCUAACUCUCCCCUUUUUCCCUCCCUCUCCUUCCCCCUUCCCCCCAAAGCUCUUUGUCUCCAGGCUCUGCGGAGGAAGCAGACCUUCU